UCCUGGAGGAACCGCUGCCCUCCACCAGCUCCGAGGAGGAGGACCCCCUCGCCGGUCAGCGUCCCCAAAUGUCCCCAAAUGUCCCCACCUGUACCCACAUGUCCCCAGGGAGGUCCACGUCCCCCAGUCCCUAUGACCCCAAGGGAGGUCCCUAUGUCCCCAAGGAGGUCCAUGUCCUCAAGCCCUCGUGUCCCCAAGGAGGUUGAUGUCCCCAAGGAGGUUUAUGUCCCCAAGGAUGUCCCCAAGGAGGUCCCAAUGUCCCCAGGAGGGUCCACAUCCCCCACUCCCUGUGUCCCCAAGGAGGUCCGUGUCCCCAAGGAGGUCCCAGUGUCGCCAAGGAUGUCCCCAAGGAGGUCCCUAUGUCCCCAAAGAGGUCCAUGUCCUCAAGCCCUCGUGUCCCCAAGGAGGUCCCAAUGUCCCCAGGAGGGUCCACAUCCCCCGGUCCCUGUGUUCCCAAGGAGGUCCAUGUCCCCAAGGAUGUCCCCAAGGAGGUGCCAAUGUCCCCAAGGGGAUCCCAGUGUCCUCAGGAGGGUCCACAUCCCCCACUCCCUGUAUCCCCAAGGAGAUCCCAAUGUCCCCAAAGAGGUCCAUGUCCUCAAGGAUGUCCCCAAGGAGGUUGAUGUCCCCAAGGAUGUCCCCAAGGAGGUCCCAAUGUCCCCAGGAGGGUCCACAUCCCCCGGUCCCUGUGUUCCCAAGGAGGUCCAUGUCCCCAAGGAUGUCCCCAAGGAGGUCCCAGUGUCCCCAUGGAGGUCCACAACCCCCAGUCCCUAUGUUCCCACAGUGGUCCAUGUCCCCGAUGAUGUUCUCAUGUCCCCAAGGAGGUCCUUGUCCCCAAGUCCCCGUGUCCCCAAAGGAGGUCCCCAAAAAGGUCCAUGUCCCCAAGGAUGUCCUCAUGUCCCCAAGGAGGUCCAUGUCCUUAAGUCCCAGCGUCCCUAAGGAGAUCCGCAUGUCCCCAAGGAGGUCCCAGUGUCACCAGGAGGGUCCACAUCCCCCAGUCCCUAUGUUCCCAAGGAGAUCCAUGUCCCCGGGGAUGUCCUCAUGUCCCCAAGGAGUUCCUUGUCCUCAAGUCCCCAUGUCCCCAAGGAGGUCCCUGUGUCCCCAAGGACGUCCUUAUGUCCCCAAGGAGGUCCAUGUCCCCAAGGACGUCCCCAUGUCCUCAAGUCCCAUGUCCCCAAGGACAUCCCCAGGUCCCUAUGUCCCCAAGGAGGUCCCCAGGGAGGUCCAUGUCCCCACGUCACAGUAGAUACCACCAUGAACAUAUGACCCCCCCAUCCCCAGUCCCUGGCGGUGUCCCCGUGCCCCACAGAGGGGUCUCCAUUUCCC